GAUAGAUACUAAGGUAGGUUUAUGAUUACCGUAUAGUGCUUUGUGCAUACCGAAUAGAGUAUUAGAGUGGUUGCACAAAGCCUAAGAAGGUAGGGACUUUGGACGCUAACGAGACGCGGGCAAGUGCUCCCCCGCCAUCAAUACGUCAAUCCUCCACCUUGGUCGCCAACAUCGGCCUCGACGGUACUCAGCAACGUUUUAAUUCUACUACAUACCCACAACGCCGACUAGAACACUGCCUCUACCUCUUGAACAACGAUUCAACUUUGCCGACAAUAGAUUUCUAUCAUAACCACGGGGCGUUAGGCAAGCAAGCAAGCAAGCGACAGCAGCUAUUACAACAGCCGUAGCGAUCCCUACACAGUGGAAGCGGGCCUCGGCGCGCAGUGGCGGGCACGUCGUCAUCUUCGUCAUCGAGUCGAGACACAAGAUGGCGGUCAUGGAGCAGGACAACUUCUCUAAUAUAUCCUGGCACAGCGAACAGAACUUAGGGCCCGCCCAUGGCACAGGUCCGAGUACGUCAUCACCGUCCCACGAUCACGACCACGAUCACGAUCACAACGGCCACGAGUAUGGCGGCGGCGCCAGGGCAGAUGGCGCGAGGGCCGGUGCCAGCGAUGCCGGCCUCGAGCCCGCCGGCCACAGCGGCGAGAUCCUCGAGUGCGUCGUCUCAGAGCCUCACAAGGAAAACGACGGCACCAAGGACGCAUACGUCUCGUACCUAAUUACCACCAACACUACAUUCUCUACUUUCCAAAAACCAACGACGUCGGUGCGCCGGCGUUUCACCGACUUCGUCUUCUUGUACAAGGUGCUCUGCCGGGACUACCAGGCCUGCUCGGUGCCGCCGCUGCCAGACAAGCAGCGCAUGGAGUACGUGAGGGGCGACCGGUUCGGCCCAGACUUCAUGGCGCGGCGGGCCUACUCGCUGCGCCGCUUUCUGUCGCGGCUAGCGCUGCACCCCGUGCUGCGCCGGGCCAGCAUCUUCCACACCUUCCUCGAGAGCCCUGACUGGAACGCCACGAUGCGCAGCCGGUCAAUAAGGGGGUCGAUGGCGCCUCUAGGCUCUCCGGACCUGACGCCGUCGCUUCCCGGAGCCGGAGGGUCGGCGCCGGGUGGUGGCGGCGGCGGCGUCUUUGACACGUUCGCCGACAGCUUCAUGAACGCCUUCACCAAGGUAAACAAGCCCGACCGGCGGUUCAUUGAGGUCAAGGAGAAGAGCGACAAGCUAGAUGAGGAUUUGGGCCACGUGGAGAAGGUGGUAGUGAGGGUGACGCGGCGCGAGGCGGACCUCGAGACCGAUCUCAAGGACCUAGCGGAGCAGUUCCAGAGGCUCAUCACGCUAGAGCCGGGUGUCGAGUCGGCCGUCCACGCCUUUGCCGCCUCAGUCGAGGACACGGCCGCGGGCCUCAAGAAGCUCAAGGACCACACGGACCAGGACUAUCUCGGCUCGCUGCGCGACAUGGUGGCCUAUAGUGGCGCACUCAAGAACCUGCUCAAGGCGCGCGAGCAGAAGCAGCUCGACUAUGAGCAGCUGACCGAGUACCUGAACAAGAGCACGGUGGACCGCGACGCGCUGUCGUCGGGCGGCGGCGGGUACGGCGGUUAUGGCGGAGGCGCCGUCUCGGCCCUGGGCGGCGCCGGUGGCUUCAUCCGGUCCAAGAUCGAGGACGUGCGUGGCGUUGACCACGAGCAGGCACGCCGCGAUCGCCAACGCAAGCUUGAGCUGCGUAUCGACGAGCUCACGCGUGAGGUCGAGGUUGCCCGCGCCGAGGCCGAUAACUUCGCCGACCAGGUCGUGCGCGAGGUCGAAAGCUUCGAGUGGAUCAAGCGCGUCGAGUUCAAGCGCCAGUUUGGCGGGUUGGUCGACGCCCACAUCGACUUUUACGGUGGCGUCAUUGACAUUUGGGAGCAAUACGUCCUCGAGAUGGAGAAGGAGGGCACGGUCCUGCCCCCUUAGAAAGGUCGGCGGGCAACGGCUCUGGAUCCGGCUCCGGUCCGGUCCGAAGUGGGCUGUGAUUUGACCAAUCUCAGAUACUAAGGUUCUAGAGAUGUAGGGUGUCUCUCUCUUUCUCUCUGGGAGACCUUUGCAAGUAAAUAGACGAACGAGACGGGAUUUGGGCCGGACAUGGGGCGAUGCUACUGUGGUACUGCUUCUACUGCCUUUUAUCGGCGGCAAUUAGGCCGUUGCCGGAUGCUGAAUGAAUGGGAGGGGGUGGAUUAAUUCAUGGAAGGUGGUCGCAAAAUGCAUCCUCCUUGUUUGUUAUACAGCCCAGGGGAAUUACAACUAGAAAGGGACGGAAUUCAACUUGGAAGAGUGAUGAGACAGAAUACCGUGGGCUUCAUAAUCACUAGUAUCAAUUUGAUAUCUAUUUUCUUUUCCGU